AUGGCGGAGCUGACAGACGCGGAGCUCCGGAAGGAGCUGCUGGCCCUGGGCUACCGACCCGGGCCCAUCACCGAGACCACCCGCAAGUUGGAUGCUAUCACUCAUGGCACUCUGUGCUGCUGGGAGCUCUGGGUGCUGAGCCGUCCCUCUCCUGUAGGCAUUGCUGGGACUCCAGUGACCUUCAAUGAGAAUGGAGAUGCACCAGGACGUUACGACAUCUACCAAUACCAGAUCAGGAACUCCACUCCUGAGUACAAAGUCAUCGGGCACUGGACCGACCACCUCCACCUGAAGGUGGAGAACAUGCUGUGGCCAGGGGGUGGGAGCCAGCUCCCCAGCUCCAUCUGCAGCCUGCCCUGCAAACCUGGCGAGAGAAAGAAGCUGGUGAAAGGCAUCCCCUGCUGCUGGCACUGCGAGCGCUGCGAUGGCUACCAGUACCAACUGGAUGAGUUCCACUGCAAGCGGUGCCACUUCAACGAGCGGCCCAACGAGAACCACACCAGCUGCACCCCCAUCCCCAUUAUCAAGUUGGAGUGGAGCUCCCCGUGGGCUGUGGUACCCGUCUUCAUUGCCAUCGUGGGCAUCAUCGCCACCCUCUUCGUCGUGGUCACCUUCGUGCGCUACAACGAUACGCCCAUCGUCAAGGCGUCGGGGCGGGAGCUCAGCUACGUCCUGCUGACGGGCAUCUUCCUCUGCUAUGCCACCACCUUCCUCAUGAUCGCCGAGCCUGAUCUGAGCACGUGCUCCUUGCGACGCAUCUUCCUCGGGCUCGGCAUGAGCAUCAGCUACGCCGCGCUGCUCACCAAAACCAACCGCAUCUACCGCAUCUUCGAGCAGGGCAAGAAGUCGGUGAGUGCCCCGCGGUUCAUCAGCCCCGCUUCCCAGCUGGUCAUCACCUUCAGCCUCAUCUCGCUGCAGCUCGUGGGCGUCUGCAUCUGGUUCAUCGUGGACCCGUCCCACUCUGUCAUUGACUACGAGGACCAGCGGACUACAAACCCCCACUUUGCUCGGGGCAUCCUCAAAUGUGACAUUUCGGACCUCUCCCUCAUCUGUUUGCUUGGGUACAGCAUGCUUCUCAUGGUCACCUGCACUGUGUAUGCUAUUAAGACCCGCGGGGUCCCGGAGACCUUUAACGAAGCCAAACCCAUCGGGUUCACCAUGUACACUACUUGCAUUGUGUGGUUAGCCUUCAUCCCUAUAUUUUUUGGGACGUCGCAGUCAGCAGAGAAGAUGUACAUCCAGACCACGACGCUCACCAUCUCGGUGAGUCUGAGUGCCUCAGUGUCCCUGGGCAUGCUCUACAUGCCCAAGGUGUACAUCAUCCUCUUCCACCCGGAGCAGAACGUCCCCAAGCGCAAGCGGAGCCUGAAGGCGGUGGUGACGGCGGCCACCAUGUCCAACAAGUUCUCUCAGAAGGGAGGCUUCCGUCCCAAUGGAGAGGCCAAAUCAGAGCUGUGUGAAAACCUGGAAACACAAGCACUGUCCACCAAGCAGACCUACGUCAGCUACAGCAACCAUGCAAUUUAACUGCAGCGAUCACAACCGCCUGGCACAGAGGGAGGCUGCAGGGGAGCCAACCCCAGCGCUUACAGCAGAGCCCAGCGGGGAGCAGGACAGGGAGGUGACAGUGUGGUCCUGCUCUGGGCCGGGCUGGGGGCUGAGCUCCCAUUGGAAGACGAUCAACAGCAGCAAAAAA